AUGUCAAAGGCGGAUUCGCAACUCGACGACUCUGUACUUAUUCCUGUGCUCCGCGCGGCGCGCGACAUUGCGGUGGACGAGAUGGCUUUAUCCCUAAUGAAGAGGCUCUUUCGUCAAUCAGGGGCCUCCAACGGAUACGAGAAUGGCCUGGGGGCUAACUCCGAUCAGCCUCGUUGGGAGAUGAGCUCCUUCUCCAUCGUCGGGCCUCUGGCUGACUUGGACUGGGCUUUGUUCAAAGAGGAUGUGGGACCCAGCUUCUUCGCUUCUACACUCCGCGUCCGCAGAUUCCGAUCGCACGAGAUUGCCUCUGGAGCGGCGGACGCAAUGGAUGCUCAUGCCACGCCCUGA